AUGGCCGAGAGCGACGACGAGACGUACAUCGUACCGCUCAAGGACCAGCGCAUAUUCGGCGCAGGCAUCAAGCGCAAACGCGUCCAGUUCGUCCCCUCGUCUACUCCAUCCGCCACCAGUCUCCCGAAUACUAGCAUAAAUACCACCUCUCUGGGAGAUACCUACAUGUCCAUAGUGCUUUCCAAGAGCCCAACACCAGCCGCGGAUACACCUCCACCCGAGCCCGCCGACCCGCCCACCGGCCCGGCUAUCACGAAGACCUGCGACAUCUGCAAGCUCCCGAUCGGCAGCGACAGCAAGACUGUUCCACACGAAGCCAGCAUCGCGCAUCAGCUAUGUUUAGAACACUCGCACCCUCCGUCUGCAAUAGACCGCACCCGGAAGGGCCUGUCGUAUCUGCAGGCUUACGGUUGGGAUCCCGAUAGCAGAGUUGGCCUGGGCGCGUCAGGAGAUGGAAUUUUGGCCCCGAUCAAAGCGAAAGAGAAGCGGGACACAGUGGGCCUAGGUGUCGAGACACUUUCAACCAAGGAAAAGAAGGCGUUCGUGGCCAAGGACAAGGUGAGGAAGCUACAUGCGGGCGAAGUGCGCAAGAGGGAAGAGGAGAGCAGGCGGAAGGGCCAGAAGUUGCAACAGAUGUUUUACAUGGAUGACAACGUGCAGAAGUAUCUCGGAGAACUGGGAUGA